AUGACGGUGUCAAUGCCAAUGAAGCCAGGUCUGGUGGUGAAGCACUCUGACGAAGCGUCCACCGAUGCAGGUUCUUCUGAGGAGGUUUUGCCCACAAGACCUGCAGGUGGUCGCGAUCGCCCACAAGCCGCCCAAGCUGCGAAACCGCGACGGGCGCGAAGGCACAAGAAGGAGCAGAAGGAGGUGAGCGACCUCCGCUGUGAACUACGAGCCCGGGGAAAGGAGGCGAAGCGCGGUUUGCAGAUGUGA